GGCACGGCGGCGCCUGGGACCCCAGCGGCGGCAGCCUCGCCGACCCAGUCGCCCAGAGCUUGUACCCACCCGCCAAGGCGCAGCGGCAUCGAGGCGGCGGCGACGGCCACCCGACGGACGGCCAGUGCCCUGGCUCCCCGGGCGAGCGGGCUUCCGCCUCCGCAGUGCCCGAGCGCCGCGAGCGGCGUGGCCGCGAAGGCGAGGGGGCCGCCGGCGCCGCGCAGGCGCCGACCCCGCAGGAGCCCGUCGCGCUGCCGCGCGCGGCGGACGCUCUCGAGGACCUGGAUCCUCCGACAGGGGCUCGAUACACCGACGCCCUGUUGGCGUGGCUCCGGGACCAGGCGGCGCUGCCGCGGGUGGAGCUGGCGGCCACGGUCCGCGCGGCCGGCGUCCUCCGCCGAGCGAGCGCGCUGGACGCCGACGCGGAGGCCCUCAUUAAGGAGCGCGCGCUCGGCCCCCUCGCGGCCGCCCUCGCCGCGGAGCCCGCGGCCUCCUCGGCCGCCGGCGGCCUCGCCGCGCCGCCGCCGCUGCCGGGCGGGGCGGACCUGGGGCCGCUCACGCAGGACUUGCUCGAGGCCCUGGAACUCGACAGCGGACAGCUGGGGGAGCGUUGGCUGCCAGCCGCGAGAGCAGAGGUGCGGCGGCAGGGGCUGCUGCGGCGGUGGGCGCUGUGGGACGAGGAGCAGGGCCCCGGGUGGAUCGCCUGGCUCGGGUUCCACCUCAGCGGCGGCGACGGGGGCGCGCCCUGGGAGCUGAGCUCCGAGGGGGAGGCCUUCGGGUCCGGGGAGCCGGCACUGGACGACGUCGCGUGCGCGUUGCUGCCCCCGUUGGCGCGGGACGCCACCGCCGGCCACGCGGAGCGCCUCGCGCUGCUGUCCCUGGCGGCGCGGGCCUGCGAGAGGCAGGCCGCCUGCCGCGGCGCCGCGCAGCAGCAGGUGGAGGGCGUGGCUCUGCUCUAUCCGCGCCUUCCGGCCGCCACAGCCGCCGCAAGGCAGUUCCAGCGCCUCUUCCCCGGCGUGCGCCUUUGCGCGGCCCACGGCGUGGGCGCGCCCGAGACCCUGCUGGCGCGGCGCCCGGUGGAGAAGCUCGGCUGGCCGGCCGCGGAGCCCUCGGCCCCCUCCGCGCCGCGCCCGCCGAGCAGCGACCCGGCGGGCGGGUGCCAGGAGUGGGGCGGGAAGGGCUCCCAGAAGGGCCUGCGCGCAGGCACGGCCUCCACGAACGGCUUCCGUGCGCACGGCCACGGCCGAGCCGCUGCCGCCGAGGCCGCGCCCACGGACGGCGCCACCGCCGGCGGCUGCAGCGACGCCGAAGCGGCCGCCGCAGGCCACGGCCGC